AGUAAACAACAAACCCAUUCCCUUCUCUAUCUCUGUCUUUCAACUUAACCUCCAAACUUUGCUACAAACAGGGAAAAAACCUUUGCCUUUUGUUUUUCCUCAUUCUUCGUCAAGUUUGCUGUACGGGAAAAUUUAUUCCUCAACUGAACUUACACUUUCCCGGAAAAAUUUACAGCACCUGAGAAUAUCAUUCCGGUACCUUACCCAACUGUUGUCUCAUGAUCCCAAUUUGCUUGCUUUUUCUUUAACUGUGAUGAAGAUUGAGAUAGGCAUGGGAGGUGGGGCGUGGAGCGAUGAAGAUAGGGGCAUGGUGGCAGCUGUUUUGGGAACAAAGGCUUUCAAUUAUUUGAUAUCAAAUUUAGCCUCGAAUGAGAAUCUGUUAAUGGCUGUUGGCAGCGACGAGAAUUUGCAGAACAAGCUCUCGGAUCUCGUGGACCACCCAAACUUUUCGAACUUCAGCUGGAAUUAUGCCAUAUUUUGGCAGAUUUCAUGCUCCAAGUCCGGUGAUUGGGUCCUUGGAUGGGGAGAUGGGUCUUGCCGGGAGCCCAAAGAAGGGGAAGAAUCUGAAGCCACAAGAAUUUUAAAUCUACGGUUUGAGGAUGAGACUCAGCAGAGAAUGAGAAAGAGAGUUCUGCAGAAGCUGCACGCAUUGUCCGGUGAGUCGGACGAGGAUAAUUAUGCUUUGGGGUUGGACCGGGUUACCGAUACUGAGAUGUUCUUCUUAGCAUCCAUGUAUUUCUCAUUUCCUCGUGGAGAAGGUGGCCCCGGCAAAUGUUUUGCGUCCGGGAAGCAUAUAUGGGUUGCUGAUGCUUUGAGGACGGGGACUGAUUAUUGUGUGAGGUCUUUUCUUGCAAAAUCUGCGGGGAUUCAGACCAUUGUUUUGGUGGCUACUGAUGUUGGAGUUGUUGAAUUGGGGUCAGUGAGAUCAGUGCCUGAAAGUACUGUGAUAGUUCAGUCGAUAAGGUCUGCCUUUUCGGCUCAUAAUACAGUUAUCAGGGCCAAACCAAUGGUGCCGGCAGCAGCCCCAGCCUUACCUGUGGUCAACGAGAAGAAAGAUGAGAAUUCCCUGUUUUCCAACGUGGGUAUUGUGGAGAGGGUUGAAGGAAUUCCAAAGAUCUUUGGGCAGGAGUUGAACAACUCAAGUCAUGGUCAUGGACAUGGUUUCAGAGAGAAACUAGCAGUUCGAAAGAUGGAAGAGAGGGCAUCAUCAUGGGAUGUUUAUCAAAAUGGGAAUAGGCUUGCAUUUCCAGGUAAUCGAAAUGGCCUUCAUGGUUCAAGCUGGGCACAUAAUUUUGGUUUGAAACAGGGGAGUACAGCAGAGGUUUAUAGUUCGCAAAUAGCAGCAAAUAAUCUGCAAGAGCUUGUAAAUGGGGUUAGAGAAGAGUUUAGGCUGAAUCAAUUCCAGCCACAAAAGCAGGUGAAUAUGCAAAUUGAUUUUUCGGGGGCAACUUCCGGGCCUUCUAUGGUUGGCCGGCCAGUUAAUGCGGAAUCAGAGCACUCAGAUGUUGAAGCAUCAUGUAAAGAGGAGCGACGAGGCACGGCUGAUGACAGGAGGCCUCGUAAGCGGGGCAGGAAGCCAGCAAAUGGAAGAGAAGAACCCCUCAAUCAUGUUGAGGCAGAGAGGCAGCGCCGAGAGAAGCUAAAUCAGCGAUUCUAUGCCUUAAGAGCCGUUGUUCCCAAUAUUUCCAAGAUGGACAAGGCUUCCUUGUUGGGGGAUGCUAUUUCUUAUAUCAGUGAGCUCCAAGCAAAGCUCAAGUUAAUGGAAGCGGAUAAGGAAAAAUUUGGGAACACCUCGAGAGAGGCAUCAGCUUUGGAGGUUAAUUCAAAUGGAAAAACUCAUAGCCAAGCUCCUGAAGUUGACAUUCAAGCUUCCCACGACGAGAUUAUCGUGAGAGUGAGUUGCCCUCUGGAUUCACAUCCAGCUUCAAGAGUGAUUCAAGUUUUCAAAGAGGCAAAGGUUAGUGUGAUUGACUCAAAAUUUGCUGCUGCAAAUGAGACGGUGUUUCAUACAUUUGUGAUAAAGUCUCAAGGAUCGGAGCAACUUACAAAGGAAAAGCUGAUGGCAGCAUUUUCCCUUGAACCCAAUUCAUUACAGCAAUUAUCAUCAGUUGGGUAGCUUCAGGAAUGGCAUUUAACAUAUAGUUCACAGUAACGAGAGCAUUGGCAGUGAAGAACCCUUUUGAAAGCUUCUUCAGAGUUUUGUUUUAGACAUUGGAGUGCAUCACACAAACACAAGAAGCCACCUAGAAGUAGAAAAUAACGACCUAUUGACCAAGUAGCGCAGCAAAAUUUCUAUGAUUGUUUAUAGUAUACAUAGCCUGUUGUAAGAGAAAUAUUCUUGUCAAGAAGAAUUAAAUUUGUAAGUUUUUAACCAACUUUGCAAUUGUUGGUUGUAAGAAUUCAUAUAUUUGUUUUGUUCUUAA